GCCCUGGGGGCGAACUGGGAACGGGCUGGCUGUUCUCUAGGUUAACAAGCAGGUGAAUCUUGUAGGCGUUCACACCACCAGGUAUUUAUCCGGUAAUACUGAGCAGGGGUACAGCUGUUGCAGUGCAUGAGAAGCGCUGGGUCAUCUCUAUUUUUCUGGGAGACGCAUGGGAUCUCAUUUAGAAUUCAAAUCUGUGUGAAAGAACUGCUGGAUAAGGAUAUACUUUUAAAGCUGUUAUUUCAUUUACCAAUCAGUUACCCAUCAACUCUACCAGAUAUUUCUGUUAACUCAGACCAGCUUACAAGGGCCCAGUGCAUGGACGUGAAAGAGAAAUUACUUGAACAAGCAAAGAAGCAUCUUUCUGAACCCAUGGUACACGAUCUGAUCCUUUGGGUACAGCAGCAUCUUAAAGGUGUCAUUAAGCAAUCAGCAACAGUUUGCAAUGAAGAAACUACUUUGUCAAAAGGAACAGAAGAUGGUAUCUGGAUGCUCCUUUUGCAUUUAGAUCACAUGAGAGCAAAGGCAAAAUAUGUGAAAACUGUGGAAAAAUGGGCUUCAAAUCUAAGGCUGACUGGAAGACUGAUGUUCAUGGGCAAGAUAAUAUUGAUUCUUCUUCAGGGUGACAGGAGCAGCAUUAAGGAGUACUUGAUUCUUCAGAAAACUUCUAAGGUAGAUGUGGACUCAAGUGGAAAGAAAUGCAAAGAGAAAAUGAUGGGAGUACUGUGCGAGACAGAAGUACAAUCACAGCAUAAAAGGUUUCAGACGUUUGAAGUCAAAGAAUAUUCAACACUGGAGGAGCUACAAAAGGAAUUUGAAACUGCAGGACUUAAAACUCUUUUCUCUGAGUUUGUGCCUCCUCUCUUAAAAUAAAAUGGACCUUUGACCGAAGCAGUAGUUGACUGCAUAUGCUGAUGGAAGAUAAAAAGACAAAUGUGGCAAAACAAUAUUGAAGCUUUUCUGCAAAAAAUACCAGUAGUAGUCAUCCUUUUGUAAGAAGAAGGCAAUUAAUACAUUAAUAACUGGGUUUUUUUUGACAUUUAUGUAUUAAUAACUUUUUCCAAGCAAUGUGAUGUUGACUGUGAUAAUUGCAUGGCAAGCAUGAGGGAUUGGCAAGAAAUAACGUUAAAAAAAUAAUCUCCUUGUCAGACUCUGUUUUAUCGUCCCUGUUUUUCAAUGUUCUGUUUCUUCUCUCUCAUGGUAGAAUUUGUCGAUAAUGACCUGCUAGAAAGCAUCAUUAAUUUUGCUUUGGAAGACUGCAUGAAGAUAUUUCCAUAAAAAAAAAUCACAGCAAACACACAUUUGAAUAUGUGAGGACAGCAUAUACGUAAUAUCCUUUAGGAGUUUAUCUGCUAAUUUUUCAUUCUCCCUUUAAUUGACUAUAAAUGCUAGAUGGUUGAUUUGAAGAAAAAGCUCAUGUCACUUGGGGCCUGAAAAAACUUAGAAGUGUCUUUUUGAAUAUUAGUUUUUAUUCUAAAAUUUAUAAAAACACCCAUGUGGAGGAUUUAAAUUGAUAAAAAGCUGAGGUAAAGCCAAUUGUAAUAUUUUCUUUGAUAGUUUACAGAUGUCUUUUUGUACUUUAUCUGGUUUUACUGUCUGCAGCUUUAGAUAUCUUGAUUCAAUUGAACUGUUGGAGCAGUAUAUAUACAGAUUUCAGUCUUCCAUCUUUCAAGGCUUCUGCCAAUUUGUUUUCAUUUGUUUGUUUAUUUGGGCUUUUUUGGAUUGGUCACUGGCCUUGGCCAACCUGUAACUUUUUUUUUUUCAGUAGUCUGUGUUUUACAUCUGUAUAGUGUUACGAAUUAUAUGCAUAAUUUUAUGAAUUGUGCAAGUUCUGUUUACCUACGGAGGAUUGGAUACUUAUUUAUUACAAUAAUUAAUGUGUGUCCUUUGUUUUCUAUUUUACCUGAAACUAUUCUCUAACAAGACCAGAUAAAUUAUCAAGUAAUAAAAAUUUUACAAUCAUGAGUUUCUUAGUAACUAGCACUGCCAUUUGCCAUUUUGCUUUAGCAUGUAGCUGAACAUGUGCUUUUCUGCUCUCUAAAAUUCAGUCUCAGAAGCCAAAUGUCUCAUGUAUUCUGUAAUUAAACAGAUUUUAUCAAUUCAAUAUAAACUAAUUUAUUUCCAUUGUACUGGGGGAAGACUAGUUCAGUUUGUUUAGUUCUGAAAGUAUGGUUUGGCAAAUCGUUAUGUAAGAUCUGAUUUCCUGUUUCAUGCUCAGACCAUGAGAUCAUACCUCUUUCUUUAUGUAUUCUAGAAAAGCAACUAAAGCAGACUAGGAAGAUUUUAAUGUUUUAUUGUUUGAGAUAUCAGAUGCAUAAAAGGUUGUAGAUUGUUUGAAAGUUUCUGAAGUUUUGCAGGAGUUUGGUGAUUUUCCUAAUAUAGAGUGUCUCAAAUAUGUAUGUUGCAUGUUAUUUUAUGCACUGAUGCUAAUUUACUGAGAUACUAGCAAAGUUCUUUUUAAUGAGUUUUUCAUGUUUACCACAUACAGUACUUCAGGCACAGUAGAAAAGAGACUGGGUUGAACAGGUUUUACAAAUCUGUUCUAUGUUAUUUUGAAAUGGCUUCCUGAGAGACAGGAAAUCUAAUUUUCUAUCUUUUUAAGUGCAAGUGAAGAUGAAAUCCUACUUUUACGAAGAAGAAUAAAACAGCAGCAUCUUUAAAAUAUUAAAAUAAUGUGUAUUUUAAAUUACAGUUUCCAGAAUUUGAGCUGUUCUCAGCUAAAAUAUCUGUUGAAAAAUUGUGUGUCAGUGCAGUAUAAAGUUCUGAAAAGCUGCAGAGGGUCUCUCCUUUUACUGUGUGACCGAUCUGACAAGUAUCAAACUCAAGAAAAGGCCUAUGCAUGUACAGCAGAAGAAAACAUAUUCACUGUCUCUCUGCAAAACUCAAUGUUGUAAGGUUUUGCCAGAUGCAUUGUAAGUCUUCUGAUUUUAGGAAUCAGGUUGAAUGGCAUACCUACUCAUGUGAUCUCCAAAUGCGUGUGACUUGAAAAAUAAUUGAGGCAUAAGUUGUUGUGAUCAUCUUUCUUGCAAGAUUAGAUGCAGACUUACUAAAGUUUUCCUCUCUACUAGAAAAGCCGUUUGUGGUGUGAGUGGCUGCCAGUUGCAUUUGAAUAUAAACCCGUGGGUUUUUUUUGAAUUUUAUUGCCUGAUGUCUUCUUGGUCAACUGUUUGGCCAGAGCUGGCAUUCUGCAACAGCCAAUUAAAAAGUAACAGUUGGGUAAGUUGAUCUGUGCUCAUCUUCCUGCCAAAUGAAGUUGUUGUAAGAAGCUGUGUUUCAGGAGAUGGCAAAUGUGGUUUAUACAAUGGAUUUUUACCAUAGUUUAAUUGGUUAUUCACUAGGUCACACUGGACAAAUUCAUAGGUUCACUGUAGGAAAGGACUACAGUUUAUAGCUUGCUUCAGGAGAAUUGCAAAUCUGAUCAGCUUGAUACAGUUCAGAUAGCAGAGAACAUGAAAACUGAUGUCAGUCUGAUUCUUUUAAAGCAGAUGCUUUUGCCUACCUAUCAAUCAAUAACUUAUUUUGAAGGGUAGGAGGAUAUCUUCUGUUCAGACAAGUAAACAAUAUUUUUAAAGACUGUUCUUUUGGAAGGAUUUUGCAGCUGUCUGUUAACUGAUGGUUUGUUUGCAUUCAUUGUGAAAAGAGAUGAGCUAGCCUGUGAGCCCCUGGGGCACAAGAGUCAUCAGAAUGGGUCCUGUGAUCCAUGUUCUGCCUUCCAAGGGAGCUGAAGCAGACACAGAAGAACAAAAUGCAUGAUACAGAAGAACAAGAGCAGGGAAAAAAAAGCAUCAGUGUGUAAAAAGUUAGUGAAGGGUAUGUAACUAUUGGGACCUGACAAUUCAGUUGCAAGGAAGAAGAAAUCCAGAAAUUAAAGGUGAUUUAACAAAUUAGAAGCUAGCUUUCUUGUGGAUAUGGUGUUAUAAAUAGUUCUUCAAACAGCACGGUCAGUAAAGCCUUGUUUCCUGUGGCCCUUCUAGUUUCUAAGCUAUAGCACACAUGAGGCCUUCCCUGCAAGAGACACAUUCCUGAUGGUGUUCUCCCUGGUGGGUGAGAACCCUGUGCCUGGGUAUUGAUUGUACAUAAAUUGAUUAUUGCUUGCAUAAAUAUUUAAAGUAUGAAUUGCAUUUUUUUCACCUGUUACCUUUUUCAUCAUAGUUGUAGGGCCUUGGUUUCUUUCAGGUUAUUAACUUCUCAUUUUAAUGAAAUGUCUUAAAUUCAAAAGUUCUAGGAAAACUUCGUGGUAUAAAUCUGCUUGCUUCUGUAUGAACAGCUCAGAUGUAUAACCAUAGUUUCCUUUAAAAAUCAGGCUGAAAUGAAAGAUGUUUCAGUAGGACUGACAACUUGAAGAAUCAAGUUUUUUAGGGGAAAACUGAGGUUUGAUUGGUCUUUUUGAAUACCUUGGAUUACUAAGUAUGAAGGAAACAAAAAAUAGGUUGAGGAAACAAGAAUGAUCAAGAAGAGGGAAAUAAAUGGGGGACAUCAUCAGUGUUGGGAAUUCUUCUGGUUUUCAUACUUAGUCUCAUUAAUUCCUCCCUCCACCACCCCUGAAUUUGUUAUUUGAUGUUACAGGGAGGACAGGAUGCUGUAAGAACUCUCAUAUGAAAAUCCUUGACACAAUCAAUUAAAAAUAACUGAAAGUAGAUUUUAUUGUUUUGUAAAUAAGGCUGAUUUUUGUGGUUUUGUAGUUACAUCUCAUUUUCUUAUAAUAAGAGCAUUUGUCUCUUAUUUCUGGUGUGAAUGACCCAUAAAACCCACUGAGAUUAGUAUAAAUUAUAUGCAGAGGUACUGUAAUGAGCCUUAAGAAACUUCAUAGUGGAAAAAAUAUUUUAUGUUGUUUCUUUUAAAAAUAAGUUUAAUAAACCCUACAUAUGGAUGA